AUGCUAAUCCAAAACCAUCAGGUCAAUGGCCACGCCUCUAUUGGCACUUCCGUUUCUCUCGACCACGGCCAGUUGACUCUUGCCGCCGCGCGGGGCAGCGCUGCUCCCAAAAUUGACAGCGCGGAUGGUUGCGCCAACUUUCCCUUUGCCUCCCAAUCGACCCCUUAUCCCAUGCUAGGCGCCCAACCGAGCCUGUCCGCGCUGGAGUUGGCCUUCAACAAGUACGGCGACGCCGUCAAGAUUGACAGCGCGCUCUGUAAAAAGGUCGCCGGCGAGACGGCCAAGCGUAUGCCCACGCAGCGCCGCCCGGAUCAAAAGCUAAACAUUGACCGCCGAAGCAACAUGGAGGCGUUCCUUGCUCACGUCACCGGGCAAGUGGCUAGCAAACCAUGCAAGAACUGCCACAAGGGCCACGGGCCCUGGUCGCAGUGCGUGGUCUACGACGGUCAGAUGUGUGGCAGCUGUACCAAUUGCUGGUACAAUGCUAGCGGCUCACGCUGCACGUAUCAUGGCAAUGGUACUGCCGCCUCUCCUGCCGCUGUCGAAACUCCCGGUGGUGACCCGGCUGACGGGCCUGACGAGACCAGUGUCAAUAACCUGCCAUAUUAUUCAACUCCCAAGGAUGAAUCCAAGCCCGUUCUGGACUGGACGACACCACAUCAUGACGAGGAAAGCAACGUCUCCUCGCAGAGCCAGCCUCAUGUUCCCGAGCCGCUCCCCGGCCCACACGGUGCCUACUUGCACUACCAUCAGCAGCCGCCGCCGCACAUGCCUCACGGUCUUCCCAGCGUCGGUCUGAUGCCCGGCGGCGGCGGCCAUGGGAUGGCGACGGCUGCCGCACCGCGGAUGGCCUGCGACUCGAUGGGAGGGCUCGUACGCCAGGCCAUGCGCGACGUGAGCAGUCUGAGCCGGCGGGACCGAUACAUUGCCCGUAUCGAGACGGCGGCCGAGGAGCUUGCCAUGCGCUGGGCCGAGUUCGAAGAAUACACGAGGACGCCCGAGGCCAUGGCUGAUCAGCAGCAGCACUUUCACGAGACGACCAGUGCACACAUGAUGCCCCCGGGCCACGCGCACGACGCACGCAUGGAGACCAUAGAGACCGAGUCGGUCCAUGGGGGCAGCUCUAUGUCUUGA